UUUGAUAAGAUUAUCUUGUUGCGAUAAGAGAGACAAUAUAUGUUAGGUCGAAAUACACAGGAUAAAUUGAUAUUUACCGUGCGCACUACAUAUAUUUUACUUCAUAUAUUAAUAAAACUUUGUCAUAAUAUAAGCAUUAAUAUGGCACAGAGAAGUAGUAUCAUUAAAUUAGCAAAAAUUCGAGAAUUAAUGGCAGCCGUACAAAUAGGUGGUCUUAAAGGAAAAGGUAUUCAGGCUUUGAUUGUCAACUCAGAUGAUGCUCAUCAAUCAGAAUAUUUAAGAAAGCAUGAUAUGAGGAUUAGUUUCAUAAGUGGAUUCACUGGUUCUUUUGGCACUGUAAUUAUUACACCAAACAAAGCUGUGCUUUGGACAGAUGGAAGAUAUUAUAUGCAAGCUUUAGCAGAAUUUGAGCCAUCAGAGGUAUGGACUUUAAUGAAGGAAGGUUUAUUGGAUACUCCAACUAGAGCUGCAUGGUUGAUUUCAAACUUACCUCCUCAGUCUACCGUUGGUGCAGAUUCUAAUUUAAUGAGUUACACAGAAUGGGCAGUUUUACAUACCAGUUUAACAGCUGCUGGUCACUGUUUGAUGCCUCUUGAGGAAAAUCUAAUCGAUAAAGUUUGGGGUGAUGAACAACCUGUUCCUACAGCUAAUGUUAUUUUACCUCAACCACUGCAAUUUUCUGGAUGCAGUGCAGGAAAAAAAGUGAAAUUAUGUAGAGAAGUAAUGAACAAAAAUAAAACAAAAGCACUUGUAAUCACAGCUUUAGAUGAAGUAGCAUAUAUUUUAAAUUUAAGAGGAUCCGAUAUACCCUAUAAUCCUGUUUUCUUUGCAUACGUCAUUCUUACAUUGGACAAUGUCCAUUUGUUCAUUAACAAAAAUAAACUCAGUGAGGAGGCUCAGCAACAGUUAGUCAGUGAAGAAGUGAAUGCAGUUUAUCAUCCAUAUGAAGAUAUACAUAAUUUUUUAAAAAAUAUCGCAAAUUCGUGUAUAAAUGAUGACAAAAUAUGGAUAAGUAAUAGUUCUAGUUAUGCUUUACACGCCGAUUGUGGAGAAGCAAAGAAACAUACUAAAAUUACCCCUGUAAGCAUCAUGAAAGUAAUAAAAAAUAAUGUUGAAAUUCGAGGAAUGAUAGCGGCACAUGUACGCGAUUCAGUCGCGCUUGUGAAAUAUUUCGCUUGGUUGGAAGAUCAAAUUAAAAAUAAGAAGGAAACUAUCACAGAGAUAUCUGGAGCAACUCAACUUGAAAAAUUUAGGCAGGAGCAGGAACAUUUCAUUGGGCUCAGUUUUCCUACGAUAUCUUCAGUUGGGCCACAUGGAGCAAUAAUCCAUUAUCUACCAACACCAACGACAAAUGUACCAAUUACAGAUAAAGAAAUUUAUCUUUGCGAUUCUGGUGCACAAUAUCAAGAUGGUACUACAGAUGUUACAAGGACAUUGCACUUUGGCAAUGCAACAAGUUUCGAGCGUGAGUGUUUCACGAGAGUAUUUAAAGGACAGUGCCGUCUUUCAUCGACUGUCUUCCCUUUAAUGAUUCAAGGAAAUUAUCUCGAUACACUUGCUCGGGAAAAUUUAUGGAGUGUCGGUCUUGAUUAUCUUCAUGGUACGGGACACGGAGUAGGUUCGUAUUUAAAUGUUCACGAAGGACCAAUCGGAAUUUCCUGGAAACCAUACCCUGACGAUCCAGGUUUACAACCUGGCAUGUUUCUUUCAAAUGAACCAGGAUACUACGAAGACAAGAAAUUUGGCAUUAGAUUGGAAAAUGUAGAAUUAAUAGUGAAAGCAAACACACCAUACAAUCACAAGAAUCGGGGCUUUCUUACUUUUGAAACUGUUACACUAGUACCCAUACAAACUAAUCUACUCGAUGUUUCCUUAUUAACAGAUAAUGAGAUUCAAUAUUUAAAUAAUUAUCAUACAAAAUGUGUGAAUACUUUAAAACCUCUAUUACAAGGGCCAGAAAAUGCUCAAGCACUCGAAUGGUUAGAGAGAGAAACUCGACCGCUCGUAAAGUAAUUGCUAAUUUGUAAAAACAAAUUUUAUGAAAGUA